AUGGGUCGCUUCGGAAUCCUCGCCUCGCUGCUGCUGGCAGUUGGGCUCAAUGUCCAGCAGACCGCUGCACAGGGCGCCGCACCUGCCACUUACAAGGAUCCUACCACCGGUAUCAUCUUCAACACCUGGAGCGUGCCUGAUCGCAAUGUCGGCGGCUUCGGUGGCGCGUAUGGUGGUAUGAAGAUUGGUAUGGCUCUCCCUGCCAACGCCCUGACUGUCAACGCCAACGAGUUCAUUGGUAUCCUGGAAUGCCCCAAGAACAGCACUGUGCUCACGGGUUACUGCGGUAUCUCCCUCGGAGGUGGCAUGCCUACCAAUCUGCUCCUCACUGCGUGGCCGUCUGGCAACGACGUCCUGACCUCGUUCCGCUGGGCCACGGGUUACGUCGAGCCCGAGCUGUACACCGGAAACGCCAAGCUCACCCAGAUUUCCUCGGCUAUCAACGCCACCCACUUCAGACUGAUCUACCGCUGCGAGAACUGUCUUUCAUGGAACCAGGACGGUACCACUGGCGGUGCGUCGACAUCCAACGGUGGCUUGACCCUCGGCUGGGCCGCCGCCUUCCAGCCCCCGACAGGUGCUUCGUGUGCCAGCAGCGCUCGCUUCGUCCAGCAUGACAACGGACAGAGCAUCUGGGGUGCCGGUCUCGACAGCAAUGCUGCCAACCCGUCAUACACGUCGUGGGCCGCCUUGGCCACCAAGACGGUCACUGGCAACUGCGGUAGUACGCCAACAAGCAGCUCAACAUCGGUCCCUGCCCCAACUGGUACUCCCGUACCCAACAAGCAGUACGACUACAUCGUAGUCGGGGCCGGUGCCGGUGGUAUCCCCAUCGCAGACAAGCUGAGCGAGGCUGGCAAGAAGGUCUUGCUCAUUGAGAAGGGCCCUGCGUCCCUUGGUCGCUGGGCUGGCAACGCCAAGCCAAACUGGAACACUCCUCCGUGGCUCGAGGGCACGGGCCUGACUCGUUUCGAUGUCCCCGGUCUUUGCAACGAGAUCUGGGUUGACUCUGCCGGUAUUGCCUGCUCUGAUGUCGACCGGAUGGCUGGUUGUGUUCUUGGCGGUGGCACUGCCGUCAACGCAGGUUUAUGGUUCAAGCCCAAUGCGAUCGACUGGGACUACAACUUCCCAAGUGGCUGGAAGUCUUCCGACAUGACUGGCGCUACCAACAGAGUCUUCUCGCGCAUCCCAGGCACCGACACACCUUCCGUAGACGGCAAGCGUUACCUCCAGCAGGGCUUUGAUGCCCUUGCGACUGGCCUCAAGGCUGGCGGCUGGACUGAGGUCACGGCCAACAAUGCGCCCAGCUCCAAGAACCGUACCUUUGCACACGCGCCCUUCAUGUUCAGUGGCGGUCAGCGCGGUGGCCCUCUUACCACUUACCUCGACACUGCGUCCAAGCGUUCCAACUUUGACUUGUGGCUUAACACGGCCGUGAAGCGCGUAGUGCGCACGGGUGGUCACGCCACUGGUCUCGAGGUUGAGCCCUUCCGCAACGGAGGCUACGUGGGCACCAUCAACCUCACUCCAGUCACUGGACGUGUCAUCCUGUCCGCUGGUGCGUUUGGAACGUCCAAGAUCCUGUUCCGCAGCGGCAUCGGCCCCUCGGACGUUCUUGGCGUCGUAAAGAACUCGACUGAUGGCCCUACCAUGAUCUCGACGGACCAGUGGAUCCCGCUUCCCGUCGGCAAGAACCUCGAGGACCAUACCAAUACUGACAUGGUCAUCUCGCACCCCAACGUCGUCUUCUACGACUUCUACGAGGCCUUUGACGAGCCGAUUGCAGCUGACAAGACUGCCUACCUCAGCAAGCGCUCUGGUAUUCUUGCUCAGGCUGCACCCAAUAUUGGCCCAAUGGCUUGGGAGUCGAUCAAGAACACUCCCGACGGCGUUGAGAGACAGCUCCAGUGGACUGCUCGUGUCGAGGGCAGCUUGGGCGCCGAGAACGGCAAGACCAUGACCCUCAGCCAGUACUUGGGCCGUGGCGCCAAGUCCCGGGGUCGCCUGACCUUGACGCCGUCCCUCAGUGUCACUGUUUCCACCCUGCCCUACCUCACCGACAAGGGCGAUGUUGCCGCCGUCAUUCAGGGCAUCAAGAACAUGCAGGCUGCACUCAACAAGGUGCCCAACUUGACCUUCGUGUCGCCAGCCCCUGGCCAGUCCGCCGAGGAUUACGUCGCCCAGUACGUCGUCUCGUCCAACCGUGGUUCCAACCACUGGAUCGGCAGCGCCAAGCUCGGUGUCGACGAUGGCCGCAGCAGCACGGGCACCUCGGUUGUCGAUGUCAACGCCCAGGUCUACGGUACCGACAACAUUUUUGUCGUCGACGCCUCCAUCUUCCCCGGCCACGUCACCACGAACCCUUCGGCGUACAUUGUCGUUGCCUCUGAGCGCGCUGCCGAGCGUAUCCUGGCGCUUGCUCCGGCGGCCGCCCGCAACCAGUUCGACCAGUGCGGUGGCCUCAACUACAGCGGCAGCUUCCAGUGCAAGACUGGAUACACCUGCAAGAAGCAGAACGACUACUACUGGCAGUGCCUGGCUUAA